AUGCUGAUCCAGAUACCACGGGAUCUGGAUAUCCAGACUCUGCAUUUGGACUGGUUUGAGGGCAACCCGAGGCCCUGUUUACACCUGGUAUUAAAAUGCAUCUCCAUCUGCAUCUCAAGCCGUCCUGUGUCUUCAUCCCGUCCCCAGAACGUGGACUUCCAGCCCCCCUGUCCUCUGGAGGUGUUUGAGCUGCUGGUGGUCCCGGAGCAGCCGUACCCUCUGAUCUGCCUGGGCCUCAGCCGGGGGUCCGAACCCACCCAGCCCGUCGGCUUCCAGACCCUCGACCCCAACUCGUCCUGUCCCGAGCUCCGGGAGUCAGAAAACCCUCAAACCUGCGUGAUCCAUGUCACCCAACUGGAGAGAGACGCCAUCCUGGUCUGCCUGGACCGUUGUAUAAAGAUCGUCAAUCUGCAGGGGAAGCUGAAGUCCAGCAAGAAGCUUUCAGCCGAGCUCACCUUCAACUUCCAGAUUGAGUCUGUUGUGUGUUUACAGGACAGCGUUCUGGCCUUCUGGAGACACGGCAUGCAGGGGCGGAGCUUCAAGUCUAAUGAGAUCACUCAGGAGAUCAGCGACAGCAGCAGGAUGUUCCGCCUGUUGGGGUCCGACAGGGUGGUGGUGCUAGAGAGCAGAGCCACAGACCACCCAACUGAGCCCAGCAACCUGUACAUCCUGGCCGGACACGAGAACAGCUACUGACCCCCAGACCAGGACCAGACCAGGACCAGAUCAGGACCAGAUCAGGAUCGGACCAGUCCUGUUCUGAUCCCAUCCUGUUCCGGUGUCAGAGAAUUGGACUGGUUUCCUCUGAAAGUUUCCAGAACCAAAUAUGUUCACUUGCCUUACUGGUACGUUUCUAGUGUCAUCAGUGCCAAUCCAGACUGGAACCCUGACCUUGCUGGUCCAGUACUGGUGCUCUUGUCUUAUUGGUGGACGGAGGGUCCAACAGUGUGCAGACUGAGCUGAGCCACCGCC